AGCUGUUUGUGAGUCUUUACUUUUAACGUUGUGUUUAAUGCUUCGUAAUUAUAAAUAUGAAUGCAGACAUUGAUGUGGCUUUCACAGUCGAUGAAAAUAAAAUUUGAAGAGGUCCUACAAAACGAAACCAUGGGAAUGUGCAAAAUAUUCCCGGAAGACUGCCAGAAUACCAAUCACCCUUAAAUGAGGUGGCGUAGUCGCGCUGCUCGAAGGUCACGUCGCCGUCCAGGUCCCACGGCAUGAAGCUGCGCAGCUUGACGGCGCCGAGCACCGAGCCGGAGUUGAGCUCGUAGCGCAGCCCGCGCUCCGCGGCGAAGUCGUCCAGCGCCUUGAAGGUGCGCGCCACCUGCACCAGGCAGCACGACGGCAGCAGGUAGCUGUGCACCCACUUGGCCGGCGAGCACGACAGCCCCACCUCCUUGCACGAGAACAGGUAGAUGAUGUUCGGCGGCAGGAAGACCCGAUGCACCUGCCACUCCUUGGCCAGCGACAGCCACGAGUCCUGCCGCCUCUGCUGGCGCUCCGGCGAGCCGCUCACCUUCCUCUGGUCGGCGCCGUGCACGAAGUACAUGGCGUCCGGGCAGCUCAUGGCCAGCUGGUCGGAGGCCUUGAGCCGCAGGAACCAGUCCUCGAACACCACGUCCUCGGGCAGCUCCGCGUGCAGCGGGAUCUCCGCCAGCGCCGCGGUCCUCGCCACGAAGGGCCCCUCCAGGUGGUCGCAGUACAUGCAGUCGCGCUCCGAGUAGCGGUAGCCCUCCAGGUAGCGCAGGUAGUAGUUGCGCACCUCCGACUGGUAGCAGCCGACCUUCCAGUGGCCAGUGAGGUUCCGGAACGCUCCCCCGGCUACGGCGACGGCCCCCGACCUCGAUAUGGCGUAUAUCUGGCGCUCGAGGCGCGCGAAGGAGUUGAGGUGCGUGAGGCCUCGCCCGAGAAGGACGUAGGGCGUGCGGGCGAGCUGGGCCAUGCGGUUCCAGACCCUCCCUGGCCGGGCGGCGUCCGCGGGGGAGACCCUCAGGACGUCGACGCGCCCCAACCUCGCCGCGGCCUGGUCCGUGCGGUUCAGCAGCUCGCGCGAGCUGUUGUCGGCGACGGCGACGACCACCCUGAUGCGCGAGUGGUAGCCGCGCGCGCCCUGCAGCACCGCCUCGGGCGAGUCCUCCCCGGCCAGGCUGAGCAGCACGGUGAGCAGCUCGCUGACGGGGCGCCUCCUCUUCAAGUCGCAGCCCGGGGACAGCACGAAGCCCUCCUGGUAGUAGGGGUAGCCGUGCCGCGGGCCCCUGAACUCGUCGCCGCACACGUCGGCCGAGUCGCGGUAGCGCGGGCGGGACUGGUUGCCUCCUCCAGGGAGGUCGCCGUCGACCAGCAGGUCCGGGUCCGUCGAGAGGCGCGGGUCGAGCUGCAUCACCACGGAGCGCAGCUUCAGGAGCACGCGAGGAUCCACUCUGGUCUUCAGCACUGCGACAAGGCACAUCGACUCACACCUCUCGCAAACACAACACCUACCUACAUAGGCAAGGUGACUUCGGGUCUGCAUCCUAGAGGACUGGGGAGCGAAUAUCGCUCCAAGUUUACAUGCGUUCCUGAAAUCACUUCAGGUAAAUGCUGCGAUGGUUCUUUACUACAGGCCAUAGCCGAUCGCUACCUUAAUAUCCCUGCAUUGGUCGACGAGUGCUACACCGUGUCCAAAAACUGUAACAUCGAAACUUUUAAAAAAGUGGGCUUGUAAAUAACUUCAAUUACCACUCACCUAUAUUUAGGCUUAGUAUCUUCACAUACUCAAAAAGUAAGUGUAGUUGUUAGACAAUUUAAUCAAUUAAUUAUAGCCAUUUAUUAAAAAAACGAAAAACAAUAUAUUUUAAUUUUAUAAAAGAAAUUAAAAAUAAACAUUCACAGAGAAAUACAAAUAAA